AUGGGUCGUCGCGUCACUACGCUCGUGCGGGCUGCGACGUGCCAUCCGCUCUGGUGGGACCGCAUCCGCAAGCUGCGCAGAAACCCAAGUUGCGCAGGCGAGAAACCGCUCCGAAGGCAGACCGCAACGGGACCUGUCCAGCGAGAGGUGUACAAGAACGUCGCCGAGCUAGGACCGAUGGACCGAUGCAAGGACUACCCUUCGGUGCCGCGCUCCAGCGGAGAGCUCCCGGCAAGUGUCGAGAACCGCCGUGCUCCGACGGCGUCCGCUGCCGUGCCCCUCGACUGUGUUCCGCAGCCCCCUUCCGCAGCCGCCUUCAGCAGCCCCCUUCCGCACCCGCCUUCCGCAAUCCCCUUCCGCAACUGCUUUGCGCAUUGGAACGUCGUCCAUCCUGCCGUCCAAGCCCGGGCAUCGCCAGCCCAAACUUCGGCACAGCGUGGCGCUCACCCCUCGGCUAGCUCGCCAACGCAGUCUCGCGCCGCCCAACCGCCUCAGACAUCGCGUGCUGGCCAUGCGGCUCAGCCGUCCGCCUCUUCGACCACGUCCGCUCUCGUCCACAGCCGUCCAAGCGCUAGCUCGUCCGCGCAGGAUGUCGUCGACCGCCAGCCCGUCCAUUCGUCGUCCGCCCAGUCUCCUCCCCGCACGCAGCCGACUGCUGCCGAGGCUUACGAAUCGGACCUGACGUACUCCGAGACGGACGAAUCCGAGGCUGACGAGUCCGAGGCUGACGAGUCCGAGGCCGUCGAAUCCGUGGCCGCCGAGCCUGAUGCUGUCGAAGCCGAUGUUGUCGAGGCCGGUCCUGCCAACGUCGAUGCUGCGCCUAGGCCGGGCACCGUCGCGCAGGAGACGGCACUGGUCCGCAUGCAUCUCAUGUUCCGGCAUUGGGUCGAGGCGGGCUGCCUUUCGUGUCGCGGUCUGGGAAUCGCAUGCGAGCAGCCCCCGGUGCACACUAAACAGGAGAAGUGCAAGCAUUGCUCGCUCGAGUUCAAGCCGUGCACCUUGCGCUGGAUCCUGUACAUGCCCAGGGUCAUCGAACUCGUGCAGAAGCUGCGCCAUGUCGACUUGUCGACCAUCACUCCCGAGUUUCUGGCUGCGGAGCUGGAGGUCUUUCAAGAUGUCAAGGAGCUGGGCGGGUUCAUGGAUCGCUGCAAGGACUACGGUCCGCUCGCCCACCGCGCCCCUGCCGAGCACCCCGUCGAGCGCCCAUCUUCGGAGCGUAAUGACCACACUCCCACUCCCAAGCGCAUGACAUCGGACCGCAACGCUCAGACUCACACCCCGCCGCCCUCGUCCGAGCCGCAGAGAGGAGCGUCGGCACGCAGGAAGCGAACGUUCGACACGAUGCUCAACGAUCUUCCCACUCCUAGCGACGACGACAUGCGCGAGCAGGGUGGCGUCGGCGUUGAAGUCCUGCAGCAGCACCAAGCCGAGCUCGCUUUCUUCGGCCCAACGAUCACCAGCGAGCAGCUCCUCGGUGUCUGCGCCAGGACACUGUCUCGAAUCGCGGAGGAGAUGAACCGUUGA